AGCUCAGACGUGGACGCGUCAGGGCGCGUGCCAAAGCUGCGUGCGUAAUGGACACCGAUCCAUCCUUUCAUCUCCUCCUCCUCCUCGUCGUCCCCGACACGCUGGGAUGUCUCGGGAGUCCGGGGAGAGGAGGAGGAGGAGGAGAGAGAGAAACAGAGCGAUGACAAUUAACCGAUUGAGUCAGAGGGGGACGACACUCCCGCCAACUCGUGGACGGACGGAGAGAGAGAACGUCGAGUCGGUGUGUCCUUUACGCACAAUUACGCACAGGUCAUCGUCGCCGUGCGUCCUGGCGCAUCCAGUGCCAAGAAUCCUCCAGACUCUCUGUGACUCUCUCCGGCCCGCUCGGUACUACAUGCUGCCGUGCCGCUGCCGGGACGUCCCCGCGCUUCUGGAGCUCGUGUUCAUUCCACGUUAAACCGUUCGUGUCUCGGAGCGUCAGUGGUUCUUCAUGUCGGGUCAGAAACCGUCCCUGAAGAGCGGCGGCUCCUCCGCUCAGAGCCGCUUCCAGGUGGACACGGUGGCGGAGUCCUCCGCGUCCCCGGGCCCCGCUCCGGGCCCCGCUCCGGGCCCCGCUCCGGGCCCCGCUCCGGGCCCCACCGACGGGUCCAAGCCGUCCGACGAGUCCAAGGGUCGGUUCCGGGUGGUGGGCUUCGCGGAUCUGGGCGCGCUGGGCAGCGCCAUGGACAUCGGGCUCCCGCCCGACGUCUUCCACGAGCCGGACACGGCGAAGAGCGACUCGGUCAGUCUGCACUCGACGGGCACGGGACACACGCACGUGUCGGACCACUCCAACACCUACUACCAGAGGACGUUCGGUCACAACACCAUCGACGCGGUGCCCAACAUCGAGUUCUACCGGCAGACGGCUGCGCCUUUGGGGGAGAAGCUGAGCAGACCGUCGCUGUCGGAGCUGCACGACGAACUCGACAAAGAGCCGUUUGAAGACGGUCUGGCCAAUGGAGACGAGCCGUCGGCCGCUGAGCAGGCGGCGGCGGCGUUGGCGGCGAAGGAGGCCAAGGGAGGAACCAUCAAGUUCGGUUGGGUGAAAGGAGUCCUGAUCCGCUGCAUGCUGAACAUAUGGGGCGUGAUGCUCUUCAUCAGAAUGUCCUGGAUUGUCGGACAGGCCGGAAUCGGUUUGACCAUAGCGAUCAUCCUGAUGGCGACUGUGGUCACCACCAUCACUGGUCUGUCCACCUCUGCUAUAGCAACCAAUGGCUUCGUACGAGGAGGGGGGGCGUACUACCUAAUCUCCAGGAGUCUGGGUCCAGAGUUUGGAGGCUCCAUCGGUCUGAUCUUCGCCUUCGCCAACGCCGUGGCUGUGGCCAUGUACGUCGUAGGCUUUGCCGAGACAGUCGUCGAGAUGCUUAACGAUGUCGACGCCCUGAUGACUGACGAACUGAACGACAUUCGUAUCGUCGGGACUCUGACCGUCAUCCUUCUGCUGGGAAUUUCUGUGGCGGGGAUGGAGUGGGAAGCCAAGGCUCAGAUUGUCCUCCUGGUCAUCCUGCUGGGAGCCAUCGCCAACUACUUCAUAGGAAGCUUCAUACCAACAGACAGCAAAGAGCCCAAAGGAUUUUUCGGCUACAACACGGCCAUCUUCAUAGAGAACCUGGGUCCAGACUUCAGAGAGGAGGAGACGUUCUUUUCUGUGUUCGCCAUCUUCUUCCCAGCAGCCACUGGGAUACUGGCUGGAGCCAACAUCUCGGGAGACCUCACUGACCCUCAGUCAGCGAUCCCCAAAGGAACCCUGCUGGCCAUCCUCGUCACGGGACUCACCUAUAUAGCUGUCGCUAUCUCUGCAGGAUCCUGCAUUGUGAGAGAUGCGACCGGCGACCACAACGACACGGUGAGCGACACGGUGAACUGCACGGACGCCGCCUGCACGCUGGGCUACGACUUCUCCAUCUGCAGGGAGGGCGGUUGCCAGUACGGCCUGAUGAACGACUUCCAGGUGAUGGGUCUGGUGUCGGGCUUCGGGCCUCUGAUCACCGCAGGGAUCUUCUCGGCCACUCUGUCGUCGGCUCUGGCGUCGUUGGUCAGCGCACCCAAAGUCUUCCAGGCUCUUUGUAAAGACAAAAUCUACCCAGGUCUGGGUGUUUUUGCGAAGGGUUACGGGAAGAACAACGAGCCUCUCCGUGGAUACGUCCUGACCUUCUGCAUCGGCCUCGCCUUCAUCCUCAUUGCGCAGUUGAACAUAAUCGCUCCAAUAAUCUCCAACUUCUUCCUGGCUUCCUACGCCCUCAUCAACUUCUCCGUCUUCCAUGCCUCCCUGGCCAACUCUCCAGGGUGGCGCCCCAGCUUCAAGUACUACAACAUGUGGGUGUCCCUGGCGGGGGCGAUCCUGUGCUGCGUGGUGAUGUUCGUCAUCAACUGGUGGGCGGCUCUGGUCACGCUGCUCAUCGUCCUCGCGCUCUACAUCUACGUCAGCUACCACAAACCCGAUGUGAACUGGGGCUCGUCCACUCAGGCGCUGAUGUACAACCAGGCUCUGACUCACAGUCUGAACCUCACCGGCGUCGAGGACCACGUGAAGAACUUCAGGCCGCAGUGUCUGGUGCUGACGGGUUAUCCCAACUCUCGUCCUGCUCUGCUUCACCUGGUUCAGUCUUACACCAAGAACGUUGGUCUCCUGGUCUGCGGUCACGUCAAGACUACGUCCCGUCGGCCCAACUUCAAGGAGCUGUCCCUGGACCACGUCCGCUGUCAGCGCUGGCUGCAGGAGAAACGCAUCAAGGCCUUUUACACGCCGGUGUUCUCCGACAACCUGCGGCACGGGACGCAGUUCCUCCUGCAGGCCGUCGGUUUGGGUCGACUGAAGCCAAACACGCUGGUGAUGGGCUUCAAGAACAACUGGAGCGACGGAGACAUGAGAGACGUGGAGAUUUACAUCAACACUAUACACGACGCCUUCGACCUGCAGUUUGGAGUCGUGAUCCUGCGACUGCAGGACGGACUCGACGUCUCUCACAUCCACGGACAAGACGAUCUGCUGUCGCCCCACGAGAAGACGCCAGUCGACACCAAGCAGCAGGUGCUGGUCACUGUUAGUCCGGCCAAAGACUCGGACUCGGACUCCUGUCCGUCGAAAACCACCAGCAGUCAGAGCAGUCCGCUCAUCAUGAGAGCCGAGACCAAAUCUCCUCUGAGCCUCGCUGACCAGCGGCUGUUAGAGUCCAGUCAGCAGUUCAAGAAGAAACAGGGCAAAGGAACCAUCGACGUCUGGUGGCUGUUUGAUGACGGAGGUCUGACUCUGUUGAUUCCGUACCUGCUGACCAACAGGAGCAAGUGGGGCGACUGCAGGAUCCGCGUCUUCAUCGGCGGGAAGAUCAACCGCAUCGACCACGACCGCCGAGUGAUGGCGACGCUGCUCAGCAGGUUCAGGAUCGACUACUCAGACAUCAACGUCCUCGGAGACAUCAACACCAAACCCAAGAAACACAAUAAGCUGAGUUUCAAGGAGCUGAUCGAGCCGUACCGGCUGAAGGAGGACGACAUGGAGCAGGAGGCGGCCGAGCGGCUGAAGGCCCAGGAGCCGUGGAGGAUCACCGACAACGAGCUGGAGCUCUACAGGGCCAAGAGCAACCGUCAGAUCCGACUGAACGAGCUGCUGAAGGAACACUCCAGCAGCGCCAAACUCAUUGUCAUGAGCUUGCCGUUGGCGAGGAAGGGCACGGUGUCGAGUGCCCUCUACAUGUGCUGGAUGGAAACUCUGACCAGAGACGUUCCACCUCUGCUGCUGGUCCGGGGGAACCACCAGAGUGUCCUCACCUUCUACUCCUAACACACACACACACACACACACACACGUAUGUCUGUCUGUUAUUAUCAUACAAGUUUUGAGUCACAGAUUCAAACUAAAACCGACAGAUUGAUCGGUUGGCCCAUAAAAGAAAGGGAAUAUGAACCUUUCGCAGACGUGUCGGUGUCUUUGUUUAUGUUUGUUGAUAUGAAAACUGUAAUUUCACAGAACAAACCAUGAAGAAAUUAAGUGGAUUUUACGUCAAAAGAAGAAAAAAGUUAAUUAUCUUAAUUCAAGUUUUAUAUAUUGUGUUGUAUUUGUGUUUUCUUUUUAUUUAUGGUUGUUUAUAAUAAGAGUUUCUGGUUAAAGUGUAAAACAUGAAGCCAAAUUCAUUGCCAAUCUUUUUAACAUAUAUAUCAGCCGACAUAUUGGUAUCGGGAACUGUUGUACUCUUUUCUCUGUAACUAUAACAGGCUGUUUAUUCUGUGGUAACUAGUCAAACAUUCAUUUGAUAUGUAAUAAUAAUAUUUGAAAUGAUAAAAAGUUUAUGAUUUCAGGUGCGUGUUGGUUAUUUGUUUUCACUGUGUAUCUCUCUGUAUAUUGUUUCAUUAAAACAUUAACUAAACCACA